UCUCUUUCUCUCUACUUGUCUUUAGUUUAUUUACUUUACAGUCGUUAUUUUAUAACACGUUAUCAGCACGAGACACUGCCAUCUCGAGCAAAUACUUUGAAAGUAUCAGAGGUACGAACUUUCUUUUUCUAAAUAAUGUCAAAUCUCUCUAAACUUGAAUUUGUAGCCCUGGAUAUAUCAGGCAAAAGCUACAUGUAUUGGGUGCUUGAUACUGAAAUUCAUCUUGAUGCGAUGGAUCUGGCAGACACCAUCAAGGACAAAAAUCAAGCAUCAAACCAAGACCGUGCCAAAGCAAUGAUAUUCCUACGCCAUCACCUUGAUGAGGGCCUGAAAAUGGAAUAUCUUACUGUUAAAGAUCCAGUCAUACUGUGGAAUAAUUUGAAAGAUAGAUAUGACCACCUGAAGAUGGUCGUUCUUCCACAGAUACGUUAUGAUUGGACUCAUCUAAGGCUACAAGAUUUUAAAUCUAUCACCGAACAACAUAUUGAGCUAUUAAUGAAAAACCAUGAAAGUCGACCUACUGGUUCUUGUCCAUUCCCUGAAGUGAAUGAGACGAACUUCCACCAAGCUAAGCGCGGAAGAGGUCGUGGCCCCAGUCGUGGUCAUGACCGUGGUCGGGGAAGAAACUUUAAUCAUGGUAAUAAUAAUGCACCAAAGAACCCUCCACCAGCAGUGGAAAAGGAAGGAACAAAAGCAUGAAAAGGUGCAAGCUCCAAAUGCAGAAAAUGCAUGCUAUAGAUGUGGAGGAAAAGGGCACUGGUCACGUACUUGUCGUACGCCAAAGCACCUGGUUGAGCUUUAUCAAGCCUCCUUAAAGAAGACAGAGAAAAAUGCUGAAGCAAAUUUUAUUUCUGGAGAUAAUUUAGACUUCAUGCAUUUGGAUGUAGCUGAUUACUUUGCACUCCCAGAAGGAGAAACAAGUCAUGUGAUCGGUGGUGAAUCUGUAGAAAUGUAUAUAUUUUAAUUUUUAUUGUUUGUAAUAGAUAGUAUGGUUAACAAUAAAAGUUAUGC